AGCAGCUAUUAUUAGAACCUGAAGGAGCUUUGGCCUUAGCUGAAGAACUGCAGGCACUGAAGGUUCCUGGUGCCUGCAGCUGGCUGAAGUCCAGUACUAUAAAGUAAUGUGAAAGCACUCCACGGUCUUUCCCUAAUUCCAGCAGCACUGUGUAUGUGGACAUGCAGAAAGCAUUUGGAAGGCAAAAGAAAGCAAUCAGGAAGGAAAUUAUAUAUGGUGAGUGAUGGAUUUAGCAAGUCUGCCUGCUUAGUGGCAUGACCGUGCAAAUCAGGUAGGUGGCUAAUGGAAACAAAUAGCAUGCUCUCAGAGCCCUGGCAGUGUUUUUGUUGUAUGUAACAGUGCUGGAGGCAUAUGUUGGACUUUGUACAUAAGAGAGAGAUGGAUCAUGCACUUUCAAAUUUAUAGUUAUUAAGUUAUACAGUACAAUAUAUAUGCACUUUGCCAAACACCGUAUGUUUUAGCAAGUUGAACACAUCUUCAGUUGCACAGUACCCUGACUUUCCAAGGUAAGGGGAUUCAGGUGAAUUUCUGGUCCAAAGCUUUUGUCUGAUUUUACCCAUUUUUACUGAUUCUUACCUCCUUUUUUAUGAGGCAGAUCCUUACUGUGACUUACUCAUGCAAAACUUUAUUGAACCUCAUUAAGAAUUUUUCCUGGUAAGUAAUGAGGGAACAAUGGAUCCUUAACCUCUUUGGUACAUAUGCCAUUAUUAAUUUCACAUCUAAAUUUAGCCUUCUAAAUUUGGACCAUCACUGUCAGUCGCAACUGACCACAAACAUUAGUCCUAACCAUACCAGCAUUACAGAGCAAUUGCCCCCUGUGAUAAGAUCCCUUGUCAAAUUUACAGCUCUUGCAAACAUUUUGCUAGAAUAAAAGUGAACAAAUGAAAAAAAAAAGUACAAACAAAACAAAACAAUGUAAUGGAAUGCUAGAUUUGUCCCUAGCUUAUUGCUCCUUGUGAUGCUUAAGUGAAACAGCAAUUUGGGAUAAUGAAGGUUGUGCUGUUGUAACACUGCGUUGUAGAAGCAAGUACUUCAUGCUUCUUAAGGCCUUACGUGAUGUCAGUUUGCAUCUUACUUCACUUGGUGUCUCAGCCUGUUUUGCAAAAUGUUGUGUUUCCUAAUAUCAGCUGCUGCUCAGUAUUGCUGAGAAAAAGCAGCAAUUUUAAAAUGAAGGGUUUUUUUUUUAAUUAUUUUUUAGAUCCACAUUCAAGUUCAAACCUAAAAUUCCUAAUGACUUCCAACUCCCAAAGCUGUUUUCAAACUAUCGGAAAUAGAAAGAACUAGAGGACUGUGACACAGCUUUUCCCUUAUCAUGCAGCACACCAAUCAGGAGUAAACAUCUUGUUCCCCUUAGCAAACAUGUUUUCAUUGCAUUGCAACCCUGCUGACCCAAGCAGUUAGCCAAUAUUCUGUGGUAUUUGUAGAGAAAUCAAAUAUUUUUCCAUUUCUGCCCCGUUAUUUUCGUGCAGUGUGCACAUAGGCUCAUUCCAUUGAAAAUUACUGAGAGUUAAAUAGCAGGAGACAAUACUCCAAGUUUAGUUUCUGCCAAUUCUUGAGCCAAACCCCUCCAUGCUCACAGUCCCAUGUCCCUUUCUAGCUGUUUGCCAGGUACUUGUCUGUGCUCUACUGCUUCUUUUGGAGACAUACAGCUGCAAUCAAUAAUCCUUGUUUGUUUCUGCAAGCGAACUUGUAACUGCUUGUCCAGGCUCUUCAGGCUUGCGUGUGGGGUUGGUCAGCAAGCAAUGAUUGUACACUACUGCCACAGGCAUGAAGUGAAGUGAUGCUGGCCUGGCUCAGGCUGGACAUCAGCUGCCUGCACCACUGCAUCUGCUGCAUAUGCAAGUGACUACUGGAAGCAUGUAUAGGGCGUUUCAGUUCCUUCUGAAAAAUAUCCUGCAAUGUGUUUGCCUCUUGCUUAGGAGAGUGGCCCUCCCUCACCUGAGACAGCAAAAGCAUUUCACACAGUUUGCAGGAAUAUGCUGCCCAACUACGGAAGAGUAACUCAGAAAGUCAUUCCAAUAGCUGUUCUUGGUUGUUGUACUCAUGAGCAAUUCUGAUCCCAGGAAACAGAUUUUGCUGUCCUUUCCCUUGUCUCUGUGUAAUGCAGGUGAGCAAUGACAAAGCAGCACACCAUUAGUUGUUUGUCAAAAUACGUAUGGUUUUGUAAGACGUCUUUUUAAUGCAAAUAUAAAGGAUUGGUCCUGUUUGUUUUCAGUGAUAAAAUUACAAGUAAAACAACAUCUUGCAAAGAUUGGAAGGUUGGUUUUUUUUUUUUCUAUCUACCUGUCCAAAUGUUUGUUCUUCCAGGUAAUCCUGAAAUUAACUCAUUUGGAUGGAACUUAAUUCUGGACAAGUUUCUAAUUCCCCCAUCAACCUCUGCGAGGCCGUUUCCAUACAUCAGCCUUCUCUUUACCUUUUUACUCUUUUACAAUUCAUGCAGAGUAUUUAUCAAUGUUCUGAUGAUAAACCUGACCUUCACCUGCUCUGUGGUGUGUACUCUUCUGAGAGCAGCUGGUUGCUUUCACAACCUUUGUUUUUGUGGACACUGUGUGAAUUCCGUAGGGAAUUUUCCACGUAUCUUAAAAUAUUUGAAUACAACAUCUAAUUUAGGAGCCUAGUCAGAACUUAGGUAGACUGAACUAUCAUGAUGUGCUGACUGCAGGGCUUCCAGGUGACUGUGCUUUUAACCAGCAUAUCUCUGUGAAGUUCCUGAAGUUGGGAAGAAUGAGGCAAGGCUUUAAUGCUGUUGUUCUCAAUCUUCUGACUCGUCUUGAAUUCUCUGUGCUGGUUCUUAUGGGAAUUUAUUUUUCUUGGUAAAGGGAGGAAGUCUGACUUUUUACACAGGCAGAUAGUGAUAGAACAAGGGGGAAUGGUUUCAAACCAAAAGAGGAGAUUUAAAUUAGUUAUUAGGAGGAAAUUCUUUACUCUUAGGGUGGUGAAGCACUGGUACAGACUGCUCAGAGAAGCUGUGGAUGCCCCAUCCCUGGAGGCCUUCCAGGCCUGGCUGGAUGGGGCCCUAGGCAGCUUGAGCUGGUGGGUGGCAACCUUGCCCAUGCUGGGGGUGCUGGAACUAGAUGGCCUUUUAGGAUUUCUUCCAACCCAAGAUUCCGUGAUUCUAAGAUAAAGACACUGUUGGCCAGUAUUCCAGAUGAUGUCUCAUCGCUGUCAUCAAUAGCUUUCCCACUUCUCUGUCAAUUAGAAAUACCCUGUCUGAAAUAGUCAGCGUGUUAACUUUUAACAGGUAUCAACUGUGUCCUCUUUCCCUCCUCAUGAUUUACAGUUUAUUAACUCUAGUUUAGACCUGAAGUUCAGGAUAAUCUGAAGUUUGUGAUGUUUCACUUCAAAUUAUUAAGUAGAUGAUUAAAGUUUACUUUAUUUGUCAGGCUAGAUCUCAAGUUCAGUUCUUGCUGGGCAAUGUUUUGAAUCUUUAAAUGCACCCUCUAUAAAGACAUUCCCCCAAAACUACACGGUGGUUUUCAAAUUCACCAUCUUUUUUGCUGUGUCCUGGCCAUCAGUGACAGCAUUGGUCUGCUGUUCUCAAGAAUAAGAGAUUAAGAGAUUCCUGUCAGAAGCCCUUUUUCUGUGUUGAGUAGUCCUCCAGUUGUUGCCUAUACUUUUUUCAGGCCAUCCAAACAGUGACUGUUGAAAGGUAUAAUUUCUUAAUAAAGGGAAAUGUGACAGUAAAACUGCUAUCAGCUAUUAGGUAAUUGCAGCUCUAUUUCCGUUCAGUGAGUGGAAAAUUAUUCUUGUUUGAAAGAGGAUUAUUUGAUUGCUGCUUAUUUGGGAGGUGCUUUCUCGCUGCAGAUUGCACUGAUGCUGCUUAGGACCUGCCAAAGCCCAUGCUUCGCAGUGUCGAUAAUACUCAAACUUCACAUGUCUCUUAAAACCAAAAAGUGAAAAUAUGAAGAGUGUCUACAUGUUGGAGUGGAAAGAUUGCUUCAGCUGCUGGCUUACAGAGUUGUGGUUGAGCAAGAUAAGGAAAGGAAUGACGUUUCCACAGAAGGAAGAGUUGGUUGGGUUUUUUUGUUUGUUUGUUUGGUUUUUUUUUGUGGUACAAGAGGGCUUGUACAUGGCUUUUACUCUACUUAAUUCAAAACCAGGGAAUAUCUGGUUGCAUACCUUGUGGUACCUCAAAGCCAAAGUCCUGUUAUAUCCCAGAUACUUUAGCAUCCCUGUUUUCCUAUUCCUACUGCACACAGGAUGACUGCAUUCUUCCUUCCCUUCUCUAUUCAAAGGAUCCACCUUUUCUACUUCCCCACUUUUGCCAGUGUUUUUGCAUUGCCCUAUCUCUGGGUACAAUUUAUUUUCCAAGGGAUUCUGUAUCCUUCAUUUCAUUUUCUCUGUACCAUGUCCACCAGGAUUCCCUUCUCUCAUCCUUCUCCCUUUCUCCAUCACAGACUGAAUUAAACACUUUGGAUUUACACUCAGAAGAGCUCAGAUCUUCAGGCUGUUGGAAGAUUUUAUCAACCUGUAUUUUGAGAGGUAGGCAUGCCAACUAUUGUUGGAAGUGCUGGGCAUGUUAAAUAGCAGCUCCAACUAUCACUCUCUGGUUGAUUGUCCUCAAAAUCAGGCAGUUCCUUAUAUUCUGGAAAUGACUAAAUGUAAUAUAGUGAAGUUGUCACGUUACAGUUAAGCAUGAACAAACAUGGGUAUGAAGUUCUAUGUGGGCUGUGCCUUUUCAAGGUCCAAAGGUGAAGGCUCGCUCCUGGGUACAAAAGCUGCUUUACCAUUUCAGCAUCUCCUGAACAGUGGAGUAACAUCACAGAAUCACAGAAUCACAGAAUUGUAGGGGUUGGAAGGGACCUCCAGAGAUCAUCGAGUCCAACCCCCUUGGAUCAUCCUUGGAGAGCCCGUCAGAAGCACCGCUGUGGCGUGUGUGUGACCUGGGCACAGCCUAGACUGACCUGGACAAAGAGGGUUCCUGUCUGAGAGGACAUUUUGUGGAUCCAAGCAGCUCCGGACUGCAGUCGGCUCUUUCCAAGAGCGGGGAAUUCCUUUGGAGACAGCCCAACCUUGCUCUAAGAAGUUCCCCAUGGCUCUGCAAGGAGACGACUGCUACUACUAUUUCAACUCUGUCUGUCUUAAGGGAGACAGCUGUCCCUUCCGCCACUGUGAAGCGGCUCUGGGGAGUGAACGAGUCUGCCGACUGUGGAUACAGGGCUGCUGUUUCCGGAAUGACUGCAAGUUCAGACACAUGAAAAUUGAAAAGAAGCGCAGUGCGGUUCGCUGCUAUUGGGAGAAUCAGCCUGGAGGCUGUCAGAAACCCCACUGCCGUUUUCUUCAUUUGAAGGAACGCGGUGGGAACGGACCGACCGUACCACCAAGCAACGAAGCUGACACAAGUGGCCUUCCUCUGACCAGCGGCCUUGCAGAAAGUCUGGAGAACCAGACAGAGGUUGAGAAGGCACCAGACAGAGGUGACAUCCCAACUUCCUCCCAUGGCCCAGCUGCGCAAAAAUGCAAGCAAUCUGAGGAGGAGGAGGACAAAGCAGAGGAACUGCCGUGCAAGAAAAGAGUCAAGGCUGGACGCAAGGUGCGCAGGAGGCCUAUUGACUGGAAAACCACCUUCCCCACAAUGCGGAGACUGAAACGGAAAGCAGCAGAGAUGCAACCGUCUGCUGCUGAGGACACUGAUGAGCCCCCAGCCAGAAAACUACCUAUGGCGAUCCUUGCUUCAGUCCCGCCCGAGUACACCCUGGUCAGCGUUGAAGUCCUAAAACUUCCAAGCAGUCUGGAACUGCUUUCGGGAGGCCAGGCAGACUCUGUGGCACAGUCAGAGAUCCCACACUCAACAUCCCGUGCCAUGCCAGAAGCAGACCAGGCGCAACAGCUGAGCUGCACAGAGGUGGGGAAAGAACUCUUCUCUGAGGGUGAGGACCUCGAGAAGUUACUGAUGGAAGUCACAGAAGAAGAACUGGAAGCAGAAAUUGCUGACGAUGCUGUGGAUAUAGGUGAGCUCCUAAUGGAGCUCUGAGACCAACAACAUUUCAACAUCAUAGUCUGAUUGAAUAUUUUAAAACAACAACAACAACCAUCAAUUAAAACCAACCCUAUUCCUUUUCAACCCUGUUCCUUUUCUUUCUUAUUCUGAGGGGACGCUUUUCCUGAAACUCUGCAAUGAGUCUUAAAGCAGAGUCAAACAGGUAAAAAUCAG